AUGAACUCAUCGAAAUCAGAGAAAACAAAUCAACCUAGUCCUCCACUUGUACAAGAUUCACAUGUUACUUUGAAUAACAAUAAUAAUAAAAUAAUUGAUAAUUACAAUAAAUUGAACAAUGAAUCAUAUUCUUCCAUAAUGACAUUACCAUAUAAUUUAAAUCUUCAUUGGGUUACACCAAUGAUCACCGCUUUAUCAAUGUCAACUAAUUCAUCCAUUUUAAAUUUAAAUUCCGAUUUGUCACAAUCAAUCACAUCCUCAGCUUCUUCAUUGCCAUCAUUGUCACCGUCAUAUUUGCCUCAAUUAUCAACUAGACUUAGAUCUUCAUCAUGUUUUCCAUUUGGACGUCAAUCUACUACUACUGAUCAUACGACGAUCAUCAAUCUGGAAAAUUCAAUGAUCAAUACUAGUAAUCAUCAUGAUCAAGAUGAGAAACCAUUAGAUUUAACAUUGAAAACAAUACAAACUGAAAAAGAACCGAUUCAAACAAAAUUACCAAUUGAAAACUGCGCCACGAAAACAUGUCGACGACGUAAAUCUAAUAGAACACGAAUUAAAACAAAAAACACAUCAUCAUCUACAAUAAAAAUCAAUCAAUCAGAACAAAACAAUCAAAAAACAGAAACGAACAUCUCGCCGUCAACAUCAUCAAACAGCAUAGAAUUACUUCAAAAUCAUUGGAAUCUACCGAUUGAUCAAUAUUCAAUGUCCAACAACAACAAAAACAACAACACAGUCGAUUCAAAACGUCAACGUUCAAAAAUUCAUCGUAGACCAUUUAAACUAUUUGGUAAUACUGUACCAUUAAUCAUUUCUACAGAGAAUCUAUUAAAUCAACCAAUUGAACAAUUGAACAAUACUUCAUCAUUAUUGAAUCAAUCGGAAAUUAUUGUGGAUGAUUUAAAAUCUACAAAAAAAGAUCAGGAUAAUGAUAUUUCGACCACAAACACAUCAUCGCCAACAUUGGAUAAAAUUAAUUCUAAACGAAAAUCUACAACUCGAAUAAAAACACGUCGAUCACAAAGUGCUUCAUCUAGUCGCUUGUUACCAGAUAAUCAAAUUGAACAAGCAGUCACAGUUACAACUACAACAUCUUUAGAAAAUCUUUGUAAAUUUGAUCAUCUAAUCACAGCUACAACGACAACACAGUCAGUGACAUCGAUUUCUUCCACACCUAGUUGUUAUUCAAGUUAUUCGGAGUUAAUUGAUACAACUACGACUAACACUUCUACAACUACUACCACGACGACUACUACUACUAGUAAUAAUAAUGAUAGUAAUAACAUUAAUCAUUUGUCAAACAUGACACAAACUAUUGAUUGUAAUCCACGAAUGCGACGUUUCCCUGAAAUGACACCAUCCGAAGUGAAAGAUAAAGCAUAUUGGGAGAAAAGAGUCAAGAAUAACGAAGCAGCAAGACGUUCACGUAGAGCAAGAAAAUCAAAAGAAUUAACUUUAAAAAAAUAUGCUGAUCAUUUAGAAAAAAUCAAUGUGAAAUUAAUUGAUGAAAUUGAAUUAUUGAAAAAGGAAAUUUUACAUUUAAAAGCUGAAAAACAGGCAGCUGCGACGACGACGUCACCGGCCGCGGCGGCGUCGGUGGCCGCGGCGGAAAAAUCAAAUUGUAAUUAA